UCCCCCUCUCCUCUCUCUCUGUCUCCAGACCUCCAGGACACAUACCUCCUCCAUGGGGGGCCCAGCCCUCCUCUCAGUAACCUGUCUCUCCAUGCCUCCUGGUGGUCUGGCAGGGACGAGCACAGAGAGACAGGGCCCUCCCUUGGGGAGCAACUGGUUGAGAGAAAUCAGCACGUUGCCAGACUACAGGAUGCACUGAGACGCGAGAGAGAGAAGGGUUCCAGCCUGCAGUGUCGGUGUAACCAGCAGGGGUCAGAGUUGAGGCGUAGAGAGCAGCACAGCGCCAGACUGAAGGAGAGACUAACCCAACUGGCAGAGAGACACAGAGAGAGAGGCGCCUCCAUGGAGCUGUUGAACCCGGUGCCCAGAGGUCAGGUGAAGAGGGACAGACCAGCCAGGACCAACGGAAGGAAGGAGGAGGCAGCGCUACGUGUGAUGCUGGAGCGGCGAGAGGCGGAGUUAAGGGAGGCCAUGAAGCUCCGACACAAACUCACCACGCUACUGCACGCGCUCAGAGCAGACAUGGAACGGACCCUAUUGGACACUGUGGGUGACCAGGAAGAGGACCCAGACAGCGCCAAGAUGCUGGUCCAGUCAGAGGAGUCCCUGGGCGAACAUGUGACAGGGGGUGUGUUCCAGGGAUGGAAGCGUGUGCAGAGGAGACUAGGUGACCUCCUGAGUCAGGGUCACGUGGCUGUGGGGACCGACCAGGAUAAGCUAUUGGCCCAGCUAGAGACAGAGUUGGAUCAGAGUCAACAGUUGGUCAAACUGCAGCAGCAUCUACUACAGGACAGUGUGAUCACUCCGGUCCCGGCCGCUCUGACAGACUGCUACUUCCUGGAAGAGUGGGAGCGGCUUCAGGACAGCUGGGCGGAGCUAGAACACCAGAAGCGGAGCUUCCAUUGGGAGAGACGGGCCUUCACCGACGCCGCCAUCCGAUUGGGCCACGAGAGACGUGAGUUUGAGCAGCAGAGGGCCUGUGUGGUGAAGCAGCAGUAUCUGUUUGACUCUCCGUUUGGGAGGACGUUGCAGCGUCACAACAGGAGAGAGAGCACCGUCCUCAAUCUCUCGGAUUCUGAUCACAUGAUCUUGUCCGGCUGCCGGCCGGCCACGCCCUCCUCUGCCGAGUCUGGGAUCAUACCCUGGUUAGGGUCAUCGGGGUCUCUGCAGGUUCAUGGCAAGGUCAACGUUCACACGCCCAGCACCCCAGAGCUCUACUCUGCCCUCCAACUGCCCUACAGCUGCAGGUCCAGUGAGAGUGAUGCCCAGUCAGAGGGCUGGGAUGUGGGGGCAGAGAGGCUACAGUUCGCCCCCCCUGGUCCUCACCUGGACGGGUCAUUUCAGUAGUAUUGCUGUUUUAUAUGUCGUUUCCAUUGUAUGUUUUAUAAUUUUGGCUGUUUCAGUUGUUCAUU